AAAACAAAAAAAAACAGCGAGCGGAUUUGGGACACCGGAGAAAGAACAUUAUGAAGUAGGAAAAGAAAGUCUACGUAGUCGGCAGGAUUCGAACCUGCGCGGGAGGAUCCCAAUGGAUUUCUAGUCCAUCGCCUUAACCACUCGGCCACGACUACCGGAUGCACAUCUCUUUUUGUUUUCCGCCUUUCCCCGCCCAGCCGGCGGCUCCGCCCCCUCGCCUUUUCCCGCGUUUUCCUCGGCGCGUUCCCGACUCGGUGCUGCCCCCGCUGAGGGGCGCCGGGAUUCGCGCGCGCGAGCAGGGGCGGGGCGAGGCAGCUGAUAGGCCGUGGAUCGGCCCCGCGGACACGCGCACAAGGCGGGCCGGUUAGCUCAGUUGGUUAGAGCGUGGUGCUAAUAACGCCAAGGUCGCGGGUUCGAUUCCCGUACGGGCCAACAAGUCUUUUUUGGUGGUGGGUUUUUUUUUUUCUUUUUUUUUUUUUUUUUUUUUUUUUUUUUUCUUGAGUUUAUUUUUUCUUCCCGUUUUAGCAUUCCCAGUCUCAAGCCACUCCCGUCCAGGGACGGGUCUCGGGCGUACUCACCCCGAAGUCGAGGCUAGGAGAUCCAAAGUCACCCCGCCCCGUCACGGCUAAGGCGCUCGCAGACAGCAACGGCAGCAGGGAAGAAAGAAAGAAAGAAAAAAAAAAAUAUCGAGCUCCUGCCGUGACUCGGAUUCGAACCGAGGUUGCUGCGGCCACAACGCAGAGUACUGACCACUAUACGAUCACGGCCGCCUAACGCCCGGCGCCACCGCCGCGGCCGCCACCUCUUUUCUCCGCUGCACUCCUCUAGCUACGUUCCCCGUGGUUGGGGAAUUGGAGGGAACCUCACCAGGAAAAAGAAAAGCGGCGGCCGCGCGGCAAAACGGCAAUGCCGCCUCCCCGUCGGGGAAUCGAACCCCGGUCUCCCGCGUGACAGGCGGGGAUACUAACCACUAUACUAACGAGGAGCGCGUUGUGCGCUCCUGCCCGGUUUCAGCCCGGAAGGCGGAAAGCGCCUGAGGAAAUGGCGGCGGUCGGGGCGCCCUCAGGGAGCCGCCGCGCUGCGCUGCCCGAGCGGGCACAAAGCGAGACCCCACCGAGCCUUUCGGAGCUACCUGCGACCUGCCACCUCCUGCGUUUGCCUUGCUGUGAGCUUCCACACGAGGUUUACGAGGAUGCUGUGAAGCUGCUGAAGCUCUGCAAUGAGGAACGGAAGAUCUCUGAGCUUGUCUCUUGUUAGCUCUGCUCUCUUCUGCCAUCAGCUGGAGAACAUGAUCCUUCACGAGCAAGGAAACCCAACCCAGUGGAGCUCUGCUCAGAUGAAAGGUUCUGAAAAAAUGCUGAAGCUAGAAGGAAGGUGACAGAUCAAAUACGUGGAGGAGCAAUGCACACUCUGCCGCUUGUGAAAAAGAUGGGGUUCAGCUGAACAAGCCCUCCUCUUGAAUCCUGUCGUAAGCACCACCAUGCGGGAAACGGGCUGGACCUGCCAGAGGCUGCAGCAACAGCCUGGGCGGCCCUAAGCAGAAGCGACGAGUUCCGUCCUCUUCUCUGGGAUGAUUUAAAGAUUAAAUAAGCUGCUUUGUUAGCAACUGGUAAGUGAACGCCCGUGCUUUAUCAAGUAUAGGUAUGUAAAGCCUUGCGCAGGCUGAGUGGAUCUUGCGGAGGGUGCCUGAUCCCAUGACUGGUGCGCCGGGCGUGCUUGCUGCCGAGUUUGCCGGUGUCUCUGCCGCGGGACAUGGGACGGCUGUCGGGAGACCGUCCACGGCUGGACACGGCGGAUCUCGGAGGUCUCGUCCAGCCCUGAUCUUCUUGCGUCAUUUCACAUGGGAAAGCUUCUGGCUGCAACCUCACGUAGAGUUUGUAUGCGUGCUUCCAAUUCGAAAAUUUCCUUCAGGUGAAUGCUGAUGGCAGCAGCUGCCAGCAGCAUUGUUACUCAAUGUAAAUUACCGCAUAUUCAAAGGUAGAGCUGGUUAUUUCAAUACAUUAGCGUUCCUCGGUGAAAGCAUUCAAAGAAUUAAACUGAAUUUCCAGAGGGAUUGGAGCCUGCCUCUACAAGCCUCCUUUGAAGAGAACACAAUUUUAAUCGGUUUGGAGAGCUGGGGAGAUGAGACGUCCCAGACCUUUCCCAGAGAUUCCUGGGAACUUCACGAGGAAAAAAAAAAAAAAAAAUCGCAACGCGGCGGUGUGGCCGGGAGCCGGUUCUCGGUGGGGAUGAGCCCGACAGAAUCCGAAGUGCCGCCGCCCCCCGCUUUCCCGGCGGCGCUUGGAUGCGCCUGAUGCCGCAGGCGGCGGCCGGGGGCCGGGGGAGAGGCCGGGCUGAGGCGCUGCCCAGCUCUCUAUGCGGGGCCGGGUGUUGCCCGCGGCGGGCAGCCGGGCACCUCCGCACACAGGUUCAUCAGUCAUGAAACGAAUUCUUCUGUUUUUUAUCCUGGCUGCUGCUGUUAUGUAUGGUAUCCUGCAUGGAAAUCUGUGGAGAAAUAACUUCUACUGGAUUAGCUUUUAUGGACAGACUUCCUCUGUGAGGGCUACUCCUUCCUAUGUGACUAGUGGAUUUACAAUCAGUUACGAUCAGCUACCACCUACAGCUUUAGAGAGGAGAAAUGCACUGGACACUUGUCUCCUGAAACCAGCAUUUGAGUCUUUACUGGGUGAUGAAAAAAUAUACCCAUUCCUGUGUGCUGAUGAUUUUAUCAGAGUGGCACAGUUCCAAGGGAGCAAUAAGUUUGACUUACCUUAUGGAAUAAAGAGAGCAGAGCAAUUUUUUCGUUUAGCGCUUUCAAGACUGCAGAACUGUGGCCUUUACAGUGAAGAAGACAGCAUUGCCUGUCGACGGUGUGUUGUGGUCGGUAAUGGAGGAGUACUUCGAAAUAAGACAUUAGGGGAGAAAAUUGACUCAUACGAUGUCAUAAUAAGAAUGAAUAAUGGCCCUGUGAUAGGGUAUGAAGAGGAUGUUGGGAGGAGGACGACUUUCCGCCUUUCUUACCCGGAAUCUAUCUUCUCAGAUCCCAUCCACUACGACCCUAAUACCACUAUUGUUCUCAUUGUCUUCAAACCCCGGGACUUGAAGUGGCUUUGGGAGAUACUUGGUGGUCAGAAAGUAAGCGCAAAGGGCUUUUGGAAGAAACCGGCUCUGAAUAUGAUCUACAAAUCGAGUCAAAUCAGGAUUCUUGAUCCCAGCAUCACCAGGAAAACUGCUUAUGAGUGGCUUCAUUUCCCAAGGAGGUUUCCUAAGAAGGAGAAACCCAAGCAUCCAACAACGGGACUAAUUGCCAUUACACUGGCAUUUCACAUAUGUCAUGAGGUCCACCUGGCAGGCUUCAAGUAUGACUUCACAGACAGAAACAGUUCUUUGCACUACUAUGGCAAUGAAACCAUGUCUCAGAUGAUGCAGAAUGAGUACCACAACAUCACUGCUGAGCAGAAAUUUUUGAAGAAGCUUAUAGACAAGAACUUUGUGGUCAAUUUGACGUGAAAGCUGAAUGGAGAAUACGAAGAACAGUCACUAUUUUCAAGAUGUGAAAAGUUUUUAUUUUUUGUACGACGUUUUUAUUUUUUAAGUGCAGCAUAACUGUUUACUGUUUAAAGGAGCCCAGAAACCUCAUCAAGGCAAAAGCUUCUAAGCCUGAGGGUAAUGGACUGUUGUAAACAGAGUUAACUGAAUUUCUGUGAAGCUAUUUAAUAGUGGGAAAACCAUGAAACUUUCAACUGAAAGUAUCAGGGAUAUAUAAAAAUGUGACGCACAUCACUUACUUACCAGUGAGAACUCUUUGCAGAUGAUUGAUUAAUGCUCUGGAAUACUUUUGUUUCUGAUGCUGUCCUCCAAAGGAGUUCCACUGUCAAGAUACUGAGAUGACCAGUGUUCAGUCAGUAAGGUGGAUGUGAAGUUGUGACUAUCUGUCUUGUUGUAUGAAAAUGGCUUUAAAACUAUGCAUCUAAAUCAUUACUGUGUGUUUUGGAGAAGGGGGAACAUAGAGACUGUACAGGUUUUGUUCUGCCAUACUCUUGAGAAGAGUAACCUUCAGCCAAGCAGCCACAGCUUCUGUACUGACCAUCAACUCUGAACUUCUGUCUGCCCUUGCUGAAGGUGAAGACAUUUUGUCUGACUUGUGGAGAUGUUGGUGUUGACAGUGCUUCAGUUCUACCCAUUUUAUGGAAAAAUCAUACUCUGUGCUGCGCAUCCAGAAAAUUUUGCAGUUGCUGAGUUGACUUUAAAAAGAGGGAACGUGAAGACUGAAGAGCUGACCAAACUAUCUGUGUGUCAGCCCCCAGAUCACAGCAGAAACACAAAACACAAAGAUGGACAAAGAUGUUCAUGCCUGAGUUUAGAGUCAAUGUUUGUUGAAGUCCUAGUUCUCCAGGACAGGAUCUCAUGUGUUUUUUUGUUUGCUCCUCAAAAACAGGUGGAUUUUUCCAAACGAGGUCAGUCUGCCUCCUUGGAUGCUAUAACGUAUCAAUACAAGCAAGGAAUACUCCCAUUUUUGGCAGUAAAGUGCAGUAGGGAAUAUCCAGGAUGUACCUCAGCUGAAUUAUCAUUUGGCAUCUGUUUACCUCUUCUGUCUUGAUAUUUAAGUUUGAGGUGUGUGGCUGAACUAAAUUAUUUAGUAGUGGGAACUUAGUCGAGAUUUUAAUUGCAACAUUUAAUGGGAUGUUUGUUUCCUGUAUUGGUUUGUCUUUGACAAGCCUGUGAAUAAAUUAAAUCUGCAUGGGAAGGCGUUUGACAACGGUCAAAGAAAAACAAUAUGCUGUUCCAAUUCUCUCACAGAACAUUUAUAUAAAGUUUUUAUUUUAAUUAUGGCAGAAUUUCUGGAAGAUUUUAUAGUUAUCUUUAUCAAUCACACCUGAAGAAAGCACAAAGGAGUCCACUUAAAGUCUUUGAAGUUGGUAGGAAUACCAUUGUUGCUUUUAAAUAAAAUUAUAUAGAGAGUACAUUUAGGAGUAAUGCAAACAAUUGCAAUAUGUACAUAAACCAUGGUAUUUAUAAUUUUCAGAAGCUGAGGAUUGCAAGAGUACUGAACACAAUUUGUUUUGCUGCAGCUGUGUAGAGGAAUAACCAAAGAGUCACCUUUCUUGUGGGGUGCAGUAGGUAUUAAAAAAAAACAAAACCAGCAACAAAACUAAAAACACCUUCCCUAGUUCUCAUUUCCAACUUUAGCUCCUUGGCUCUGCCAUUUGGGAAUUAGGGAGGGCAGUUGUGGUCUGGAGAGGUGCCACAGCUGAAGGGGAGGAGACUUGUGUUUUCACCCAGUGAUUCCUGAGCUUUGGUCUGUUUCAAGCAAGCUGGACAUACCUAAAAUACCUCGAGAUGUCAGAAAAAUCUGUGGCAUGGGGUGGGGAAGGAUGCAGGUGUGUCCCAGCAAGGGGCAGGGUCUGCCAUGGUGUCUUGUUUGCUGUGUGUCCCUUGGGUACAGCUGCACUCCAGCUGUGUGCAGAGUGGCAGGUGGGAGUGUGGAGGAGAGAGGAGCUUGUGGGAGGUCCUGGGGCACUGGAACAGGUGACUCUGGUGGUGGAAAUGGAGGAAAUCACAACUUCUUCACCAGGUGGCAGAAGGACUCUUAAUUUUUUGUAUUUCCUUUAUUUUUUCCUGAGACUUUGAAAAGGUCUUUACUUGAAAAUCUGAAUACAAACAGGUGGGGUUUCACUUAAGAAAAUAAUGACAGUAUUGUAUUUAUUUCUAGUGGUUAUUUCAGUUAAUGAAAAAGGUUUGUGUGGAUUCUGCAGCCCCAGACUUAGUAAUUUGAACUCCUGACAACAGUAUUUCCACCUGCAAAAGCUGCUGUGUCAAGGCUUCUUGCAGACAUAGCAGUGUUCUCCAAGCUCUUGUUGCAGAGGGGCCCCUGGUAGAUGUUUGUGUUGGGAGCCAAGGCUGGCAGAAGUGGGGGGGCUGCCCCUUCACCCUCAAAAUCCGCAGUUGCUUCCAGAGCUGGGGCUCCCAGCUCUCCCCAUGGCUGCUGCCACAGUCCAGCUGCACCCAUGUAACAUCUUGCAGGAUGCUGUCCAGGAGGAUGUUUUUUCCAGGAGAGAUGUUGAAUUUGUUCCAGACACUGUGAGGAGAGUUCUUGUGAUGGUGCAAGCUGCAUCCCUCUGCUUCUCCACCCCUGUCUCCAAUUCCAGGAAGUGGGUAGGGAGCUCUGCUUUUGAAGAUGUGGUUAUUUCCUCUGCUUUAUUUCAUCUCCAGAGACACUUCUCCCACUAAUCUAAACUUACUCCUUCUCCAUUUUUUCUAGUAGGUUUUUAUGCUUUUUGUGGGAGGAUGGGAUUUGGAUGCUAGCUGUAGCAGAACAAACAAAAUAAUUGGAAACAAAAAAGCAACUUCAUGUCAAACAAAUGAUGUCUCCCAAACUCUUUGUACUUAAACCCUUUAGUCUUUUUUUACUUUUGCCACAUCAACUUUUUGAUCUCCCUAAAAUAUUUUUUUAAAUAAUGUUUGGUGUUCUCAACGAAUUUAAUAUGUUCUCUACUAGCAUUUAUCCAUAUCAGCUGUUUCUCUUUAUAUCCUAAUAAGCCUUGCCAUUGUAUGACUGACUUAUUUUUCAAACUAAGCUGUAUUUCCAGUUUUUCCCACUUCUCCACCCCUGCUCCUGCCACAGGUGUUGAGUCCAGCACAGUUUGUCCCAGGGUGACUGGGUAACAUUUUGAAUGAAACCUGUUCCCUCAGGAUCAAGCCAAGAGCUGAUGCUGCUGAUACACCACGGGGUAUUUUUGUUUGUUUGUUUGUUUGUUUAUUUUUUUUUUGAAAGCCCAGCUUGCAGGCCAAUAGCUUUUCUCCUCAGUAAUAAGCAGUGAACCAAGUAAUGAAUUUUUCUCCCCACAAGAUGUUUUGUAGGAUCCUGUGUACACCAGCUCUGUUCCACCACCUGCUUCACGCACAUCAUUCCUGCUGCUCUGCCUCAAGGACAGGUGUUGCUUUGGCACUAACUUCCUUCAGGCAGGAAUGCCCAUGUGAGGUGUGUUUCUCAGCAGUGCUCACAGAUUACAGUGUCUCUUCUGUCUGGGCACAUUUUCACAGGUGUUUUGCAGUACCAAAGACUUGACUGGGGCUUUUAGAAUAACACAGUAAUGCUAACACCAAAUAUUUGGAUAGUUUCUGAGCAUGAGCUGCUAUUAAAACUUCUUUUCCCUUUUUACCAUUCCUGAAAAUGAAGUGUCUGCACUGAAGUUUCCCUUUAAAAGCUGUCCAUUUUUUUAUUGUAUCAGGAGUGAAACAGCCAGUUUUAUUUCUGUGUCUGAUAAUGAUGUAACUAUAGCUCCCCAGUGUCCCCCAUCAUUUUUCUAUCUGAAGUUGGAUGUUCUCCUUCCUUCUUACUCUGUUCCUGUUCUCUGGCAGCCUGCUGAACUUCUAGACAGCAUCACCUUAUAGCAAAGGUGCUUCUGCAUUUUAUCUGCCACCCCUCUCAAAAUGCUGGACUGUCAGACACAGCUCUAAGAUACCAAACUAUGCACAGAACAGGAAGGAUGACACGUUGGUUGAAAGCUGUUUGGCUCAGACUUUCAAGAGGUUUCUUUGUUGGGAAACUAUUUUUUCCUCUCCUGUAAUAAGUAAGGGAAGCCACAGACUAUUGCACUAAAUACGAAUCUGAGAGUGCCUAAAAGAUGUUACUAAAUGACAUUUCCAGUAUAUCCAUUUCCAUAUAUCACUAUAUAGGUGAUAAUAAUACAUAAUCACAGCUCUGGUGUUUAAUUAGCAUGUGGUACUUCUUGUUUCCAAUGCCAUACUUCCUUUUUUAGCAGUGCUCUGGGGGAGAGUGUAAAUACCUUCACUUUUGAGUGGACUCUGAUUUUUUAAGAAGUACAAAGCUCAACAUAUGUUUUUGGUAUUGGGAAAUACUUACUUGCCACUUGUCUUAAGUUUUAUAUGCCUUUAAAGUGCCACCUGUAUUUUGAAGAGUUAGAGUUGUUUCAAGUGAAAUUUUGAACGCUACGUAUGGAAUGAGAUUACUUUCCUGUGAAUAAACUGUUAAAGACAGUG